AUGCAAGAUGUUGCGGACACCCUGGGAAAGGCCACGGAGCAAGCGGUGAACCAAGCAGCAGAGGCGGGUCAGAAAGCUCUGGACCAGGCCUGCAAGCAGGCUGAGGACGGCGUGGGGAAGGCAGUGGGACAAGCAGUGAAUGCUGUGAGUGACCUGGAGAAAAAGCUCGGACUUAAGAAAUAA